CCUCUGAUGCUACGGCGUGGGCUGUGGUCGCCGGAUGAAGACGAGCGAUUGAUCGAGUGCGUGCUCAAGCACGGCCACAGCCGAUGGAGUGACGUUCCAAAGCAUGCCGGUCUCAAGCGAUGCGGGAAGAGCUGCAGGCUGCGAUGGCUCAACUAUCUGAGACCGGAGCUCAACCACAGCGAUUUCUCGCCCCAGGAGGAGAAGUUCAUUGCGGAAAUGCAUGCAAUUGUGGGAAACAGAUGGUCCCAGAUUGCUGCAAAGCUCCCCGGUCGCACAGAUAACCAGAUCAAGAACUACUGGAACUCGAACAUCAGAAAGAAGUUCAAGGCGCUUGGGAUUGAUCCCGUGACAGUCUCUCAGACCCAGCAGUCUAUAGACACAACUUCCUCAGGCUCUACAAGUGAAUUCGAAGCUCCAAGUGCCGCUACUGCCAGAUCCACUGAAGUCGCCUCUUGGGCAUUCACAAACAGCAGCUGCAGCAGCAGCAGAAAUUUUCCAGCUUCGCAGAGCCAGCAGCACGAGGAUCAAGAACCCAGAAGUCAUGGUCUGGAGGCCACGAACAUCCUCGACCCUUUCGAUUUCGCAUAUAUUUUCGAGGAUUCCAGCAGCGGGAUGCUCCAGAGCAGCGAGUCGUGCAGAUCUUUCCUGGAGGAAGACUACUUAUUCUGGGCAGGAUUCUGCUCAAGAGCUUGCUCUGCGCCAGCAGCUUGCGAACAGGACGGCAAUCUCAUCGCCGCCAACACCCUGAUCGCUAAUCAUCUCGUCCAGAUGGUCCAGAUCUAUAUGUUUCCUAUGUGGAGAUCUAGCGAAAAUCACCACCCGGUUCUUGUACCAAGUCGUGGAUGUAGAGCCGCCUCGAAGCCCAGCAGGGGUGUAGAGGUGUUUGCAGGCUCCCGGAGGAUGGUGGAGGUGAAGUCGUCGGCGGUCACGGACACAGCGUCUCUGUCCAGGAUAAGAGAUUCAGCGGCGUCGCCCAAGCAGCCGAUCCUGUGUGAGCAACAUCUUUGUGGGCACCACACGACUUGCGAGCUCGUCCUUCCCGGGACUUCAAAUGAGGAGGAUUUGGAGGCCCCCACUGCCAAGAUUCGAGGCUGGCUUGGCCGCAAUCCCUCCACCAAGGGAAAGCAACGAGCGAGCGAGGCGAGCGUGAGACACGUCCUGUCACUGGAGAAGAGAAGGUUAUGGGCGAAGAGGAAUAUUUUCCUUCUCCACAGUGCUGUCCAGGAACUCAAAGGUCCCAAGUUUGGAUCUUGCAGGACAAUGGAAGUUAAUAGCAGUGGUAAGACAAAUCUUCGAACAAGGAGACCUUUGAUGGCACGGCGUGGGCUGUGGUCGCCAGAGGAAGACGAGCGAUUGAUGGAGUGCCUGCUCAAGCACGGCCACAGCCGAUGGAGUGACAUUCCAAAGCAUGCGGGUCUCAAGCGAUGCGGGAAGAGCUGCAGGCUGCGAUGGAUCAACUAUCUGAGGCCGGAGCUCAACCAUAGCGAUUUCUCGGCCCAGGAGGAGAAGUUCAUUGUGGAAAUGCAUGCAAUUGUGGGAAACAGGUGGUCCCAGAUUGCUGCAAAGCUCCCCGGUCGCACAGACAACCAGAUCAAGAACUACUGGAACUCGACCAUCAAAAAGAAGUUCAAGGCGCUUGGGAUUGAUCCCGUGACACACGCUAGAUCAACCUCUAUGCACACAACCUCCUCAGGGCUUAUUAGAAGUGAAUUCGAAGCUCCUGCCGCGAGUGCUGCUACUGCCAGAUCCACUGAAGUCGUGUCUUGGGCACUCACAAACAGCAGCAACAGCGGCGGCAGCAGUACUAGCAGCAGCAGCAGCAGAAAUUCUCCAGUUUCGCAGAGCCAGCAGCACGAGGAGCCCAGGAGUCAUCAAUGUCUGGUGGGUUUCGAGGCUGGGUCUGUUGCUGCUGCCGCUACGACCAUCCUCGACCCCUUCGAUCUCGCACACAUUUUCGAGGAGCCCAGCACCGAAAUGCUCCAGAGCAGCGAGUCGCGGGGCGGAUCUUUCCUGGAGGAAGAUGACUUGUUCUGGACAGGAUUCGGCUCGCAGGAAAAUCAUUCUUCGUUGAGUGAAAUCCGUAUAUUCCACGUGUAAACUAUCGCCACUGAAAAAAUAUGCCAGAGUGUAUAGAGAUACAAAAUCGCAUUUUCUAA